AUGGAGCCCGAAUUAUCCGCAGAACCGUCAGCGAAGGGGGAGAAUGUGCCGGCCGAACCCCAAACCACCGAGGCCUCCCCGGAGGAGCGAGGCAUAGAGGACGUUGGUGCCAUGUGUGGCAAGGUGCCCGCCGCAAACGGGCAAGACCAGGAGGAGGCACCGAAGGCCCCGGCCUGCGAGGAAACCCCCCCGGGGGCCGGGAAGGGAGGCGAAGGGCCGGAACCCGAAUCUCCGGAGUCUGCGGAGGCCGGAAAGCCGGAUUCCAAAGAGCGUCCGGGAGAGGAGGAACUGCUGGCGGGCGCUGCCUCUCUGCCAAGCGUCUCUGACCCGGCUGAUGCGCCCGCCGCCGCCGAGCAACCCGGGGAGGUGGCCCCAGAGGCCCGGUCUUCUCCCGCCAGCCCCCCCCAGCCCCCCGACUUCUACUGCGUCAAAUGGAUCAGCUGGAAAGGGGAGAGGACGCCCGUCAUCACGCAGAGCGAGAACGGACCCUGCCCGCUGCUGGCCAUCAUGAACAUCCUUUUCUUGCAGUGGAAGGUGAGUAGAGCUUCCAGGGUCAGGGGCAGUCUACCCCCGAAGGCAUAAACUCUUAUCUCUAAUUUUGUAACGAAUUACUGUAUUCGGUGAAGGGCCUGUGUGAGUGCCUGGAGGCGGUUAGAGGAUGGAUGGCGGCUAACAGAUUGAGGUUGAAUCCUGACGAGACAGAAGUACGGUUUUGGGGGGACAGGGGGCGGGCAGGUGUGGGGGAUUCCCUGAUCCUGAAUGGGGCAACUGUGCCCCUGAAGGACCAGGUGCGCAGCCUUGGAGUCAUUUUGGACUCACAGCUCUCCAUGGAGGCACAAUUCUGUGUCCAGGGCGGCUGUUUACCAGCUCCAUCUGAUACGCAGGAUGAGACCCUCUCUGCCCGCAGACUGUCUUGCCAGAGUGGUGCAUGCUCUGGUUAUCUCUUGCUUGGACUACUGCAAUGCGCUCUAUGUGGGGCUACCUUUGAAGGUGACCCGGAAAUUACAGCUAAUCCAGAAUGCGGCAGCUAGACUGGUGACUGGGAGCGGCCGCUGAGACCACAUAACACUGGUCCUGAGAGAUCUGCAUUGGCUCCCAGUACGUUUCCGAGCACAAUUCAAAGUGUUGUUGCUGACCUUUAAAGCCCUAAACGGCCUCGGUCCAGUAUACCCGAAGGAGCGUCUCCACCCCCAUCAUUCAGCCCGGACACUGAGAUCCAGCGCCGAGGGCCUUCUGGCAGUUCCCUCAUUGCAAGAAGUGAAGCUACAGGGAACCAGACACAGGGCCUUCUCAGUAGUGGUGCCCACCCUUCAGAUGUGAAGGAAAUAAGCCUUUAUCUUAUCUUUGAAAGACAUCUGAAGGCAGCCCUGUUUAGGGAAGUUUUUAAUAUUUAAUGCUGUAUUGUUUUUAACACUCGAUUGGGAGCUGCCCAGAGUGGCUGGGGAAACUCAGCCAGAUGGGCGGGGUAUAAAUAAUAAAUUAUUAUUAUUAUUAUUAUUAUUAUUAUUAUUACAUAUCCUUAUGAAUUUGAGUUUGUAAUCUCUAUUUGAGUUUGCAAUCCUUGUCAGAAUACAUACUUUUGAAUGGAUUAGUUUUUGUUACAAUUGACUAUUGAUUUGCGAGUAGGGACCCCUCCCACUACUGAAACUUAUAUUGGCCUGAGUUCUUGGUGUGCUUUUUUCUUGGUAAAGGUAAAGGGACCCCUGACCAUUAGGUCCAGUCGUGGACGACUCUGGGGUUGCGGCGCUCAUCUCGCUUUAUUGGCCGAGGGAGCCGGAGUACAGCUUCCGGGUCAUGUGGCCAGCAUGACUAAGCCGCUUCUGGCAAACCAGAGCAGCGCACGGAAACACCGUUUACCUUCCCGCCGGAGCGGUACCUAUUUAUCUACUCGCACUGGUGUGCUUUCGAACUGCUAGGUUGGCAGGAGCAGGGACCGAGCAACGGGAGCUCACCCCGUUGCGGGGAUUCGAACCGCCGACCUUCUGAUCGGCAAGUCCUAGGCUCUGUGGUUUAACCCACAGCGCCACCCGCAUCCCCUUUUUUCUUGGUAUAUACCCCCAAAUGCAGGCAUUUGGAGGGAGGAGGGGGCGCACACAGGGCAAGGCAGGCUGGUCCUCUUGGCAAAAUGUCCUUUAUCCUCCCGAAUCUCUUCUCUCUCUUUUUCCCUCUUUCUCCCUUUCAGGUGAAACUGCCUCCCCAGAAGGAAGUGAUCACUUCCGACGAGCUGAUGGCUCACCUCGGUAAGUGUCAGGAUGCGGCCGCCAUCGCUUUCACAUUUCCUGAGGGCUGGGGUUGUGUUUUUUUGGAGGGGGGGUUCUGGGUACUAGACAAGGGGCCACCUAAUUCCCCCGACCGUGUGAAGCUGCCUUUGCACAGAGUGAGAUCAUUUGGUACAGGGGUGGAGAAACCUGUUUUUCGUUUUUGCUCAAGGGCCACUUCCCGGCAAGGUUCGGGGGCGGCAUACUGCUGGUGGGCAGGGCCAGAGGCCAAAGUGGGCGGAGCAACAAAGGCAUUUGCCUAUCUCAACCAGAGGCAGGGCCUUUUCAGCACUGGCUCCCGCCUGGUGGAACGCUCUGCCUCCUGAGACCAGGGCCCUGCGGGAUCUGAUUUCUUUCUGCAGAGCCUGUAAAACAGAGUUGUUCUGCCUAGCCUUUGGCUUGGAAUCAACUUGAUCCCCUUCCAGUCUUUCCUUUUUCCUUUCUCCUUCUGUGAUGGAACUCUUAUUUGGGGACUUCCCUGGCCUUUUUCUGGCCCGUGUAGGACCAAUCUGGAUAGUUAGCCUUGGUAAAGACUUGACGUUUUCAUCCCCCCCAAAGUUUUUUAUUUGAGUUUCCACUGAAAUGAGGCUGCAUUUUAAUGUUGCACUGUAUUUUAAUCUUGUUUUUAAGUUGUAUUUCAAUCAAUUUGUUUUUAUAUCGGGUGUUAGCCGCCCUGAGCUCGGUCUUGGCUGAGGAGGGCCGGGUAUAAAUAAAAUUUAUUAUUAUUAUUAUUAUUAUUAUUAUUAUUAUUACCUUUGCAUAGUCAGCUUUCUUCUCUAUGCAGGCUUGUAUUCAAGCAAGUUACAGAUCUGCCAGAAGGGAUGGGCUUAAGUUAGCCCUGUCUUUUAAUCGCAGCGGGUCUGAUCCGUGUUGGACGAGUGUUGGACGCAACCCUGGGCAGGCGAAAGGAAGGACUUCUUCCCAAAACGUGUAGCUAAACAGUGGAACUCCCUGCCACUGGAGGCAGUCUAUCUAGAUUCCUAGGUUACCAGAGGUGUUUUUGAGCACUUUGAGAACAGGAGGCUGGACUAGGUGGGGCCUCUUUGGCCUGAUCCAGCGACGGCGCCCUUCUUACGUUCUUUUUCCCCAAAAAUUUUUUUAUUAGUUUUCACAAUAUUGUAAACAAACAAACAAACACACAAGACAAACAAACAUAAAUCAUAGCCUUAUUGAAAAUUACAGUUAUUAACUUUGUUAAGUGACUUCCUCGCUUCCCCUUGGUUGAAUUUCAUUGCAUGUCUUUUUAACGGUUUUCCAAAUCCCAAUUUUUAUGAAAUUUAACUUAAACAUUCACAUCCUUAGAUCUUCACCUUAUGGAAUUAAACAUAUUAAUUCAUCACUUAACAUAAAUAAAAUCCUAGGCCCAUUAAGUAUCUGCAAGCUAUUUUCAGUUAGUUUAACUUAACAAAUUUAACUAAAUAAUCAUUAAAUUUAUUCUACUCUUCCUGAUACUCCUCCUCCUUCUGGUCGCGGACUCUUCCAGUUAGGUCGGCUAGCUCCGAAAAAUCCAUCAUCUUCAUCUGCCAUUCUUCUAUUGUUGGUAAUUCUUGGGUUUUCCACUUUUUAGCUGACAAAAUACGGGCAGCAGUUGUGGCAUACAAAAAUAAUGUAACAUCUUUCUUGGGCAAUUCCAAACCUGUUAUUCCAAGAAGAAAGGCCUCUGGUUUCUUUAUAAAUGUAUAUUUCAACAUUUUUUUCAAUUCAUUAUAUAUCUUUUCCCAGAAGUCUUUCACCUUGGGACAGGUCCACCACAUAUGAUAGAAGGUUCCUUCCUUUUCUUUACAUUUCCAACAUAUAUUGUCACAAUUAUGAUAUGUCUUUGCUAAUUUCUUACGUUCUUAAUGAAAAAGGUCUAUUUUCUCUCUGUGUCAGGUGACUGCAUCCUGUCCAUCAAGCCCCAAAAACAGUCAGAAGCCCUCCAGCUCAACUUUCAGCAAGUGAGUUCCCUUCUUUCUCCCCCUCCUCUCAUCCUCUCUCUCCCCCCCUUUGGGCUCCCCCAAGGCACUCGGCAGGUCUCUGUUUAUUGUAAUAACCUGCUGAGAACUUCCACAAUCUGCCCUGUGCCCAAAGCUCCCGCUGCAGAGAAUGCGUGCGCAUUAAAACCAAACAGUGGCACACCAAGAAGCAUCUUGCGCUUCACCACGCACCGUCGUAAAAACAGCAAGGCGAGGGGAGCCGCCAGUUUGCCCCAGCAGCGCCCUUUGCUCUCCCUUCGGAGAGUGAGAUCAGGAUACCAAGGGAGCUGAGUGCUAGGUCAGGGCUCCUCUUUGGUGGUAAGGAGUGGAACCUCCUUGGGAAGGAGCAGCCUACCUCUGAAAACUGCAUUCAGAGGAUACGCAAACUGCAGUAUGUCUGCCCUCGCUGUGGACGGCUGUACUGCAGGUCGUUGCCGAAAAGGAGAACCCUGAGUUAGUCGCGGCCUGAUCCAGCGAGGACAUAAUCCCUUACAAGUAAUACUAUAACACCGGUCUUGAAAGAUCUACACUGGCUCCCAGUACGUUUCCAAGCACAAUUCAAAGUGUUGGUGCUGACCUUGAAAGCCCUAAACGGCCUCAAAGGCCCAGUAGACCUGAAGGAGCGUCUCCACCCCCAUCGUUCAGCCUGGACACUGAGGUCCAGUGCUGAGGGCCUUCUGGCGGUUCCCUCAUUGCGAGAAGCAAAGCUACAGGGAACCAGGCAGAGGGCCUUCUCGGUGGUGGCUCCCGCCCUGUGGAACGCCUUCCCACCAGAUGUCAAAGAGAAAAAUAACUACCAGACUUUUAGAAGACAUCUGAAGGCAGCCCUGUUUAGGGAAGCUUUUAAUGUUUAAUAGGUUAUUGUAUUUUAGUGUUCUGUUGGAAGCCGCCCAGAGUGGCUGGGGAAACCCAGCCAGAUGGGUGGGAUAUAAAUAAUAAAUUAUUAUUAUUAUUAUUAUUAUUAUUAUUAUUAUUAUCUCUGAUUAACUCAUUUGUUUAUUGGUGGCGUUUCUGCCCCAGCUUUCCCCCCAAAGAACUCAAGGCGGUGGUACAUGUGGUUCUCCCCUCAUUUAAUCCCCACAACGACCCUGAGAGAGACAGCGUCAUGCGGCCCCGUGGGUGGAUUCGAACCCUGGUCUCCCAGAGUUGAGGUUUCUUUUCCUCCCCCCCCAAAAAAAUGCAGGCUUUCCCAGCUAGACUUCGUUCCGUCCCCAAAUUUCAAAACUAACCAGCAUGCCCUUCUUCCUCUCCUGCCGCGGACAGAACGUCAACGACGCCAUGACGGUUCUGCCCAAACUCUCCACGGGGCUGGAUGUCAACGUGAGGUUCACGGGAGUCGCCGAUUUCGAGUACACCCCCGAGUGCAUCGUCUUCGACCUUCUCAACAUGCCUCUCUAUCACGGCUGGCUAGUGGACCCGCAGGUGAGAUGCUUUGUUUUCUAUUUCUUCUUCCCACACGCCAUCGCUUCCUAGGAGCUGAGCUUGCGAGUCGUCAGCGUCUCAGAUGCCGCCAAAGGCGUCUUUGAGAGUUCGCGAGCCGAAUCUCUCCAGUCUGAGAAGCGUAAACGGCACCUGCCAUUCAGUCAGUGCCGGAUUUACAUACAGUCAUACCUCAUGUUUGCUUCAUGUUACAUGUUUUCAGGUUGCAUCCCACGGCGACCCAGAAGUACCAGAAAGGGUUACUUCCGGGUUUCACCGCUCACGCAUGUGCAGACGCGCAAAAUGACGUCACGCACGUGCGCAGAAGCGCUGCUGCGGGUUGCGUUCCUUUCAUGUUGUGAACAGGUUUCCGGAACGGAUCCAGUUCACAACCAGAGGUACCACUGUAUAAGCUAAACAAGCUAUAGCUUAGGGCCCCAUUCUCUUGGGGGCCCCCCAAAAAAUCAAAGGAAAAAAACAUUUCCAAAAUACAAGAUAUAAAACAAAUAAAAUAAAACCCACAUACAGCAACAGUGUUUUGUGCUGUGUAGGCUCCUGUUUGUUAUGUGCAAAUGGCUUUAGAUACCUAUUAGGCCCAUAAAUUGCCAUAUAGCAUAUUUGUUGUUGUUGUUGUUUAGUCGUUUAGUUGUGUCCUCCUCUUUGUGACCCCCUGGACCAGAGCACGCCAGGCACUCCUGUCUUCCACUGCCUCCCGCAGUUGGGUGAAACUCAUGCUGGUAGCUUCGAGAACACUGUCCCACCAUCUCGUCCUCUGUCAUUCCCUUCUCCUUGUGCCCUCCAUCUCUCCCAACAUCAGGGUCUGUUCCAGGGAGUCUUCUCUUCUCAUGAGGUGGCCAAAGUCUUGGAGCCUCAGCUUCACGAUCUGUCCUUCCAGUGAGCACUCAGGGCUGAUUUCCUUAAGAAUCGAUACGUUUGAUCUUCUUGCAGUCCAUGGGACUCUCAAGAGUCUCCUCUAGCACCAUAAUUCAAAAGCAUCCAUUCUUCGGCGAUCAGCCUUCUUGAUGGUCCAGCUCUCACUUCCAUACAUCACAUAUAGCAUAUAUUCAACACAAAAACAGCAACCAUUUGUUGUUGACAAAGGACAGCUGGACAUAUAAAGGGCCCCAUUGCCUUCAGUAGCUGAGGGCUUCAUUAAACCUAAAGCCGGCCCUGCGUUCAGCCAUCCCCAGCUGUUGGGAUAUUGAAUUGCAAUCCGCAUUUUUAAUUGAAAUUUAAAAAAUAAGAAUUGAAAUUUAAAAAUUUUAAAUUCUAAACUGGGGUGUCCUGUGACAACCACCCACCCAGAUGUUUGUUGAACUACAACUUCCCUCACCUCCAACCAUUGGCCAGGGGGGCUGGGGCUGAUGGGAAAUUGAGUCCCACACUACCUCAGGCCCCCAUUGCUGACCUAAGUCUAAGAUAAUGAAAACAAUGCAAAGUCUUCCCAACACCACCACAGUCAGUUCCACUGGAGCCCAGUGGGCUUCAUACAUUUUUUAUUCCGUUUAUUUACAGUGGUGCCCCGCAAGACGAAUGCCUCGCAAGACGAAAAACCCGCUAGACAAAAGGGUUUUCCAUUUUUCAAUGCACUUCGCAAGACGAAUUUCCCUAUGGGCUUGCUUCGCAAAACAAAAAAGUCUUGCGAGUCUUGCGAUUUUUUUCGUUCCCCCCCCUUUUUCUAAGCCGCUAAGCCGCUAAUAGCCUUUUAGCCGCUAAGCCUUUAAUAGCCGCUAAACCGCUAAUAGCGCUAAGCCGCUAAGCCGCUAAUAGGGUUGCUUCGCAAGACGAAAAAACCGCUAGACGAAGAGACUCGCGGAACGGAUUAAUUUCGUCUUGCGAGGCACCACUGUAUCUCAUUCUUCCUCUCCCUGCAAAAAAUAUAUACCGUAUUUUUCGCCCUAUAGGGCGCACCGGCCCAUAGGGCGCACUUAUUUGGGGGGGGGGAAUAAAGAAAAAAAGAUUUAUUCCCCCCCCCCCGAGCCCCAAAGAGCAAAGAAGCCAUGACAGCGAGCGGGAUGGAUCCCGCUAGCUGUCCUGGCUUCGUUUUUAGCCUCGGGGCUGGGGGUCCGGGAGCGAAGGCGAGGUUGCACUCAACCUCGCCAUCGCUCCCGGAGCUUGCGGGGCUGGGGGCAGGGGAAGCCCGAGCUUCCCCCGACCCCAGCCCCCAGAACAGUCUGUUGCUCGCAAGGCUUGUGGACAUCUGCGCAAAGCACGGGGCGCGCUCCGGAGUGCACCCCGUGCUUUGGGCUGCAGGCUGCUGCCCGCAAGCCUUGGGAGUCCGGUGGGCACUACCGCAGGCUCCCCAGGCUUGCGGAUAGCUUCCCGAAGCCUGGAGAGCGAGAGGGGUCGGUGCGCACCGACGCCUCUCGCUCUCCAGGCUUCAGCGAAAGCCUGCAUUCGCCCCAUAGGACGCACACACAUUUCCCCUUCAUUUUUGGAGGGGAAAAAGUGCGUCCUAUAGGGCGAAAAAUACGGUCUAUAUUGUGGGUUUGCUGCAUGAUCCUCCUCUGUCCUCACAACAACCUUGCAAGGUUAGGCUGAGGGGUGGGUGUGGGGCAAUUGACCUAAGGCCACCCUGGGAGUUUGGUGGCCGAACUGGGAUUUGAACCUGCCUCUUGGCCGUCGACACCCCUUGCGCCGUGGACUCCCAGACUCCAGCUCACAACCUGUUUCUCCCCACCCCAGAUACCAGAGGUGGCGCAGGCCGUCAGCAAGCUGACCUACAACCAGUUGGUGGAGAAGAUCAUCACCUGCAAACACUCAAGCGACCCUAAUCUGGUGACGGAAGGUGAGGCCCGUCUGCCUGGGCUCAUUCACACAGUCAAGGUCCGGGGUAACUGGUACCUGGAGGUGGGGUUGUCGUCAGCCCAGGGGUGGAGGCCAUUAAGUAAGAUCUGAUUUGUGCUCGCUUCGGCACAUGUACUAAAACUGGAACGAUACAGAGAAGAUUAGCAUGGCCCCUGCGCAAGGAAAAAUAAAAUAAGAUCUGGUUUACGGAGACUAGCAGCAGGGCCUGCUUGGUGGUAGUUUCACGCUUGCAGAAACUUGCUUUCCAAGCCUCAUCUCUCAUGGUUUUUACCUCAGGAGACCUCUCUGCUUCAGCAAAGGCCUUUUAACCAUCUUUGAGCUAUUAGACACCUAUUUUGAACAACCGUUACAUGUACGUACAGUGGAACCUCAGUUGUCGAACAUAAUCCAUUCCGGAAGACCGUUCGACUUCCAAAACGUUUGACAACCGAGGCGAAAUUGCCAGGUGGCAAAAUCCAUUGAAAAAGUGGAGAAACACACUGCGGAAGCCGUUUGACUUCUGAGGCACCUUUGAAAAUGGAAGCAUUCACCUCCCGGUCAUUGGCGUUCAAAAGCCAAAACAUUUGACUUCUGAAGCGCUCGACAACCAAGGUUCCACUGUAUAUUUCUUGUAUCAUUUACAACCAUUGAAAUUUUGAAUUCUUUUAAACCGUACCUACGGGAUCGCCUCUCCUGGUAUGCCCCACGGAGGACCUUAAGGUCCACAAAUGACAACAUUUUGGAGGUCCCAGGUCGCAAGGAGGUUAGAUUGGUCUCAACUAGGGCCAGGGCCUUUUCAGUACUGGCCCCGACUUGGUGGAACGCUCUGUCCCAAGAGACCAGGGCCCUGAGGGACUUGACAUCUUUCCGCAGGGCCUGCAAGACAGAGCUGUUCCGCCUGGCCUUUGGUUUGCACUCAGUCUGACCCUUAUGUUUCCCUCCCCUUAUGGUCUUGAUCUAUGGGCUACUUUUAAAAUGAGGCUGCAUUUUAAAUUGCAUUUUAACCUGUAUUUUAAAUUGGUCCUGCCCCCCCCCCCCCAUUAUGUUUUUUACUGGAAUUUUAUUGGUGUUAGCUGCCCUGAACCCAACUCUGGCUGGGGAGGGCAGGGUAUUAUUAUUAUUAUUCUUAUUAUUAUGUGGUUGUUGUCCCACGCUGAAGACACACCUCUUUGAAACUUGAGAUACAUGUAUUGUUAUGGCUCUGGGUGGUGGGGUCAGUCUGGAUGACACCUGUGGUUCCCUUCAAAACCUGUGGUCUUGCGGAUAGGAGCCUAGAAUCUAUAGGAGGAAGCUUGCUUACCAUUUGCAUUUUGAAAAAGCAAGCUCUGUUGCCACAGAGACCAAUGGGUGGGCCUUCCCCACUUCACCUGGGUGAAUGUCGCAUUAUCCUGGGAUGGAGAACAGUAGGGCCAGGUGGGGCUGUCAGUGUGUGGGUUUGGUGGGAGCUGGAGAUACAGAGGCUUGUCUCGCUCUGUGCUGGAUAAUAAUAAUAAUAAUAAUAAUAAUAAUAAUAAUUUAUUAUUUAAACCCUGCCCAUCUGGCUGGGUUUCCCCAGCCACUCCGGGCGGCUUCCAACAAAAUAUUAAAAUACAAUUGUCUGUCAAACAUUAAAAGCUUCCCUAAAGAGGGCUGCCUUCAGAUGUCUUCUAAAAGUUUGGUCGCUGUUUUUCUCUUUGACAUCUGCUGGGAAGGCAUUCCACAGGGCGGGCGCCACCACCGAGAAGGCCCUCUGCCUGGUUCCCUGUAACUUGGCUUCUCGCAGGGAGGGAACCGCCAGAAGGCCCUCGGUGCUGGACCCUCGGUGAAGGCCCUCGGUGUCCGGGCAGAACAAUGGGGGUGGAGACGCUCCUUCAGGUAUACUGGACCUUUGAGGCCAUUUAGAGCUUUAAAAGUCAGCACCAACACUUUGAAUUGUGCUCGGAAACGUACUGGGAGCCAAUGCAGGUCUUUCAAGACCGGUGUUAUGUGGUCUCGGCGGCCACUCCCAGUCACGAGUCUUGCUGCCCUAUUCUGGAUUAGUUGUAGUUUCCGGGUCACCUUCAAAGGUAGCCCCACGUAGAGCGCAUUGCCAUAGUCCAAGUGGGAGAUAACCAGAGCAUGCACCACUCUGGCAAGACAGUCUGCAGGCAGGUAGGGUCUCACCUGCGUACCAGAUGGAGCUUGUAAACAGCUGCCCUGGAUACAGAAUUAACCUGUGCUUCUAUGGAGAGCCGUGAGUCCAGAAUGACUCACAGGCUGCGCACCUGGUUCUUCAGUUGCCCCAUUCAGAACCAGGGAAUCCUCCACCCCCGCCCGCCUCCUGUCCCCCCAAAAUAGUACUUCUGUCUUGUCAGGAUUCAACCUCAAUCUGUUAGGAUGCCAAAACUGUGCUUUGGAGACCUCCCUGGGGGACCUAAUGGGGUGUUAGUCCUGCAAGCCCCUCCAUCCUAUCUUCGCGGUGUAAAAUAAAACUACGUAUCCUAGGGACACCACCAUCUCCUUUGAGCACUCAGAGAUUUGGCUGCAGGCAGCAGUGUAUCAUUCAGGCCGGACCGUGUUAUUUUAAACAGCUUUUAAUGCUGCGUUCUAAAAGGUUGCGGCCCACCCUGGGUCCUUAGGGUGAAGGCCGAGCAAGGAAUUGAAAGAACUGUGGAUCCAAUUCAUCCUCAGAGUCGAUCGCCAUCAUGCUGUGCCUGCAUUUCACCUCAUCUUUGCUUCUUCUGCUCCCUGUUCCAUCGCAACGCCCCCCGCCCCUGGCAGGCCUGAUAGCAGAGCAGUUCUUGGAGUCCACGGCCUCCCAGCUGACCUACCACGGCCUCUGUGAGCUGACGUCCACGGUCAAGGAAGGCGAGCUGAGCGUCUUCUUCCGGAACAACCACUUCAGCACCAUGAUCAAGCACAAGGUACCCGCCCCGCAGGGCUGUUGUUUUUUAAGAAAGGUGGGCGAUGUCCGGGACUGGGCAGGGGAGGAGCAAUGGUGGAGACGGCCUCCCCAUCCGGACCCUUCCAGGGAGCAGGAAAAGGAAGACAAUAUAGCUUUGCAACAGGGGUUUGAGGGAGGUUGCAGCUCAGAGGCAGAUGAGGGGGAAAGCUAGGAAAUCGUGGGACAACCAGAACAACACCCUGUUGGCUAUUUGCAGAUUAGUUGCGCUGCAGAAAACUUGGUGGGGAGACCACACAUUACAAGGAACACAAAAUAACUUUAGAUAGGCUUUAAUAACAAAAACAAAAACUCCUUUUACACUAAAUAUAUCAACAAGCAUGACCCAUCCACCAGGGUACUGAGAGAGCUAGGUGCUGCUCUUUAUAUACUAUACCCAAUUGCUGACACAGCUUAAUUAACGCAACUUAGAAGCACCUGCUAUACUGUUUCACAGCUGUAAAACUAGGUCACGUUAUUUGCUCUGGCCCUUAAAGACAUAAACAUCUUGUGGAACAAUAAUGAAUCUUCAAAUUUAAAGAGACCAUUCAACAUACCCAGCUGACACGCUGUCAUUAGAAAGCAUUCCAGACCCUCCAUCUCCCAGAACCCGGCGAGCCUUAAAAGUAGGAGAGCAAAGAGCUCAAAGACAGAGGGCGCUUGUCAGCACCCGUAGAAGUGACGAAGGAGGAAGUGGGAGAGACGAGGGGUGGAGAUUCACUCGGGACAAUGCGAUUAUCCAAGAGGACCGGGAAGUUCAAUAGCCUCUCUCUGUGAUUAGAGCCCAAGAAGGAAGUAGAUGCUCGCAAGUGGUGGUGUUUUUAAAUAGUUGUACGCGGGUGGCACUGUGGGUUAAGUAGUCAAGUUCAAGUUUAUUGCGGCCAAAGCCAGUGACACUAGACACCAUAAGAUCAGACAACAAAAAAUCAGCAACAACUUCAGAAAGGAAAAAAGGUUACACAAGAGAACUUCACAGUGUGCCAUUCAACAGAAGAGAUUUACGCUUCUUAAUUACUAAAGUGCAAAAUUUAGCCACCUCAUAUGAUACUGAGCUUGAGGAAUCUUCCAGGAGGUAUUUUCGAAGAAUUUCAGGGAGGAUUCCAAAUAAUAUUGAAGGGGUAUAAAUUUUGAUAGAAGUGGUAAAAUAAGUUGAACUCGUUCUUCACUAUAGAAUUCGCAAGAUAGAAGAAUGUGUGUGACAGAUUCUACCUUAUUAGACAUACAAGGGCAGAGACGCGCAUGCAUUGGAACUCGCGUGAAUUUGCCGUACAGCACUGCUGAGGGCAUUGUCUCAAAGCGGGCUCUAGAGAAAGCCCAUCUAUAGGUUUCGUUAGUGAUGUUAGUUAAGUAAGGGCAGCUGCAAAAUUAGGCCAAGCUUUUAAACAUCUAUACGUCUCUGGGAGUAGGGCGCCUUCUUGUUGUAAUUCGAUAUCAUAAAGUCUCCGAGUGAUAGUAGCUUUUGCCUUGUUCAGAGUUCCAAUAAAAAUAUUUUCAGGGUUUAGGCCAAUUUGUUUGAUCUUGUUAGUUAUUUGCAUAAGCCAAGGAGGAUAGGGAACUGCGGCCAGGAAGCAAGGUAAUAGACCCUUAGGAUUGUAAUGGAUUUUCAGCCAGAGGGAUAUUGCUUGUUCCCAUACUUUUAAUUCCACUCUGGGCAGUCCUGCCUCUUGCCUUAAAACUGCAUUAGGUGUACACUUAGGAGUAGCAAAUAAUGAUCUUAAGAAUUUAGAUUGUACUGUUUCAAGGGUCUUAAGGUUGGCAGAGGGGCUAAUUUGAGAGCCAUAUAGAAGUUGGGCUAAAGAUUUUGCCUGAAAGACUGUUAGGGCCAUCGGGAGGAAGCCAGCUCCUUUCCUUCUGAAUAAUCUAAGGAUAGCAUUUGCACUUCUUUCUGCUGAUAUAGCUGAUGUGGUCAAGUGUGUUGAGAAUUUGGCAUUAUAAGAGAAAGUAAUGCCUAAGUAUUGGAAGGUCUUAGUCUGUUCAAUGGCGUUUCCCUUUACGCUCCAAUUAUCCUUCCUAGAGGAGCGGUUAAAAUGUACAAUUUUGGUUUUGGCAAAGUUAAUUGUUAACAGUUCAGUGUUACAUUGGUCACUAAACUUUCCUAAGGCACGUUUCAGACCCACUUUGGUUUGAGAGAGAAGAACAGCGUCAUCCGCAUACAUUAAAAUUGGUACUUUUCUGCCAUUAGAGAACACAGGGGGGUGGGUUUCAAUUUCACGGCAGCAUGUAACCAGGGAGUUAACAUAGAUAUUAAAUAGGAAUGGGGCUAAUAGGCAUCCUUGUCUAACUCCUCUUUGAACUAGAAUUUCUCUAGAGAGUCUGCCGUCCUGUGCAAGUCUUAUCUGGAGGGUAUUGUUCUCAUGAAGCUUAAUCAUCAGAAGUAAUAACCUUCUGUUAAUACCCAUAUUGGCCAAUUUGGCCCAGAGCCUGCUCCUGGAUACAGAAUCAAAUGCUGCCUUUAAGUCCACAAAGGCCGCAUAUAAUGACUUUUUCCAAUAUUUCGCAUACUUAUAGACAAAGUAAUCUAACACUAAGCAGUGAUCAAUGGUGGAACGUCCGGAUGUAAACCCUGCUUGUUCAAUUUCUAGCAGGCCUCGGCAGGGCUGGCUUACCCACAGGCGCUAGGGGUGCGGGGCACCCGGGCGCCAGGCUCUCAGGGGCACCAGGCCGAGAGUGCGGGGCUGAGAUUUGGAGUCUGGGGACUGAAGAGCCAGGCAGAGUGCUGCAGGUUUUUCUCCUGCCCCCCCCCCAAAAUUGGGGGUGCUGGGCAGUUUUUUGCACCCCAGGGAUGCGGGUGGCGCUGUGGGUUAAACCACAGAGCCUAGAACUUGCCAAUCAGAAGGUCGCCGGUUCGAAUCCCCGCAACGGGGUGAGCUCCUGUUGCCCAAUCCCUGCUCCUGCCAACCUGGCAGUUUGAAAGCACAAAGUGCAAGUAGAUAAAUACCGUAUUUUUCGCUCUAUAACAUGCACCCGACCACAACACGCACGUAGUUUUUAGAGGAGGAAAAUCCGUAGGCAUGCCAUUCCCUCCAUAACACGCACAGACAUUUCCCCUUACUUUCUAGGAGGAAAAAAGUGAGUGUUAUGGUGCAAAAAAUACGGUAGGUACUGCUCCAGCGGGAAGGUAAACGGCGUUUCCGUGCACUGCUCUGGUUAGCCAGAAGCGGCUUAGUCCUGCCGGCCACAUGACCCGGAAGCUGCACGCCGGCUCCCUCGGCCAGUAAAGCGAGAUGAGCGCCGCAACCCCAGAGUCGGCCACGACUGGACCUAAUGGUCAGGGGUCCCUUUACCUUUACUUAUGCCAAUUUACCACCAUCUUGCCUCUGAAUUAACCAGAGCCUGUUUUUUUUCUCUCCCUGCUCCCUCUCCAGAGCCACUUGUACCUCCUGGUGACCGACCAGGGCUUCCUCCACGAGGAGCAGGUCGCCUGGGAGAGCCUGCACAACGUAGACGGGGACAGCUGCUUCUGCGACGCAGAGUUCCACCUCAGCCACGCCCUGGGCAAGGAGGCGGCCGGCGGUUCCCCGCAGGAGCAGCACCUCAACCAGAGACAGGUGGACCAGGUGAGAGCAGGGGCCGCCGAGGCAAGACCAUGCGGGGCGUAAGCGCCGCCCCGGUUCACCCAAUCAGUUGAAAGGGGAGGCUUUUUAGCCAAUGGUAAGCAACCUUCUCACCCUCCGUGCUGAUUGGAGCCAAUCAGAGCGAAAGGAGCCGAUCCGGCCACUGAGGGCGGGCUCAGAGGGUCCCUCUGGCGAACGGGGAGAAAGAGGAGUUGUUCUGGGUGUUCCCAAGCUGAGCAUUUAGGUAAUGCGCUGAAAAUGCAAUGCUUCCGUUUCAAGAGAAGCGUGGCUGAGUUCUGCUGCGCGCAAAUGUAAUAAUAAUAAUAAUAAUAAUAAUAAUAGGUAUUGUAUAUAAGAAGAUCUUGAAACACUCCACGUCCUAUGUAUGUACAAAGGAAAUAGUAUAUUUAGCUGAAAGUAAACACACUUGAGAUCUGCCAUGAAAUGGAAGUAAAAAGAUCUUUAGAUUCUCUUUCCAAACCCCCCCGAACCCUUUCUGUUAGGCAUCAUGUCCACUGAAAUUCCAAAAAGAGAGAGAACUAUUUUUAUGUGUGCAACCACGGCGGCUAGAAUUCUAGUAGCAAAAAAAUUGGAAGGGUGAAUCAAUUCCUCCAAAGCUUGACUGGCAGGUGAAGAUGAUAGAAUACGUAGAACUUGCUAAAAUGACUGGGUGAAUAAGAGGAAACUCAAACCAGAAAGUGUUCAAAGAGUGGGUAAUAUUUAAAGAAUAUUGUGGAAAUGCAAAUCUUCGAACAGGUUUAGAUGGAAUCUUGAAGACUAAAAGGGAAAGUUACAACUGCAGAUAAUUUCAGAUAUGCAUUAGAUAUAAUAAAAAGGGCAUAUAGGUUAAGAAUACGUUGAAAGCACAAGGAGGUGAUUCAGAAGUCAAGAGAGUGUGAUGUUAGUCGUUGUGUUGUUAGUUAAUGUCAAGUGCUGUGGUUUUGUUUAUUUUCUUGUUUUCUGUUUGUUUGUCCGUAUUUUUUCUUUUCUUUUUUUUGUUUUUUGUUCUCUUAUGUAAAUUGUGUUGCGAAUAAAAUAAAAUUAAGAUGGAAGAAGAAGAAAAGAAACCAGAGGGUAGGAAUUUGAAGGAGGUGUGUGUGCCGUGCUCUCAGUUCACACCCACCAAAUCUUUCUCUCUCCUUCCUUCCUUCCUUCUUCCAUAGGACUACAUGAUCGCCUUGUCUCUGCAACAGCAGCAAGGGGGACCCGCGCUCAGCGACUUAGAGCUCGCCCAGCAGCUGCAGCAGGAGGAAUAUCAGCAGCAACAGCAGCAGCCACCUGCCGCAGCCCCCCCUGCACAGGUAACGUCCCCCCAACUCCCACCAACCCCUGUGUACGCGGCAUGGCCAGCGGUCGGGGUAGAGUUAGGUCGACCCCAGCAUCAUCUGCAGGGCCAUAGACCUGCCAUAAACAGUUCUAUUACAGACCAGCAGAUGCUCAUGAUAAGAGCUGCUAUUUAAGAACAGGUGCCUGGGUUUCUGGGGGGGCGGGGUUAUAAAAUUAGUAGUAGUAGUAGUAGUAGUAGUAGUAGUAGUAGUAGUAGUAGUAUAACACAGCCAUUAAUAGCUUCCUAAUUAUUAUUAUUAUUAUUAUUAUUAUUAUUAUUACUUAUUAUUUGUACCCUGCCCAUCUGGCUGGGUUUCCCCAGCCACUCUGGGCAGCUUCCAACAAAGCCCAAAAAUACACUAAGAUCUCACACAUUAAAAACUUCCCAUGUCCAAUCCUCUUUUAAAACCAUCCAGAUUGGCUGCCUCAUGUGGAAGUGAGUUCCACAGUUUAACCGCAGCAACAAGGGCUUUGUCUUCGUUGAAUCUCCCAGCCUCCCUUGCGUGUGUCCCUAUUGAUAUCCAGUAUCGCGAGAGAGGGAGGAAAAGUGUUCCACAUCCGACAAAAUCUCCAUUCCUGAACACGCCCCACUUUCUCCUCUUCCCCUCCUUUUAGGGGAGGACUCCGCCGCCCUCCCGCCCCUCCGGAGAGCGCAGGCCGCGCCAGAAGCAGGAUUCGGACUGCGUCGUCCUGUAA